AUGAAUUACAAGUUCAACACAGUGUACCUAGCUGGCAAUGAUGAGCUCUCAGCAUCGCGCUGGGAUUGCGAGGUGGUGCUUUCAACCGAGCAAGAGUCGGAGCUCGAUCUAAAUAAGGGCAUCUUUGUUUUGCCGCCCAGCCACAGUCCAUUGGAAGUUGUUGUGAGGCUCGGGCGGGACCACGAUGCGGACGUGUGGCCGCCGACGAGUCCUGUCGUGCCGAACAAUGAGUUUUGGGAGAAAGCUCUAAACUAUACAGUGCAAUAUGUGUCAGAUGACAGUAAGCUCGAGCUCUUUCUCACUUGCAACCAAUUCAUCCCGCUGAAGGUGGAAAAGCUAUUCGCUAAGCCGGCAAACUUGGUGUACGCUAAAGAGUAUAGGCUGGCGUAUCUUACGCGAUUGAUAAUCAAUUGCGAGUUCUAUGGCGUCUCUGACACACAAGAGGGCACAGUCCUGGAUCACCUGAACGAAUUCGUUACCUCGCUAAUACUCUCACAGCUGGAGUUCCAGUUCCCGUUCGUCUUCUCCAGACGCGGCAGACGGAAGUUUCUUGAGCACGAGCAAUCGAUGGGGUCAUUGUCCUACAGCCUUACGGGGAAUAACUCGCUCAUCCCUAGCGUGAUUGAAGUAAUGGCGAACGACCUGACGAGCACCACGGUUUUCGAACUAUUGGAAGUUUGCCGAAACUACAAAUUGAGAGCCAAAUAUAAGGACAGUAAAUCUGAGCUCAAGUCCAGUAAGCCAUUUAAGCGCUCUUGA